AUAGACAGUGCCAACUCUUCUUCGUCCACCUUCAGAACCCACCAGAAAGAUUCCAGAACACAAAAUAGCAGCAUUCUGACACAAUGGUCAACAUCUUCCUGACUGGAGCGACGGGCUACAUUGGAGGCAGCGUCCUCUCACUGUUGGUCAAAUCGCACCCCGAAUACGCUGUGAGAGCGCUAGUUCGCGACAGUGCAAAGGGCAAGAUCAUUACUAGCGCCGUUAGCAAGGUCGAGAUCGUCUUGGGCGACCUGGAUGAUGUCGAAACCAUCACCCGGGAGGCUUCUAAUGCCGAUGUCGUUGUCCAUCUGGCCGCAUCUGGCCAUUUGAAGAGCGUUGAGACCAUCCAUAAGGCUUUGUCGUCCAAAUCGGCAGAGCAGAAGCCAGCGCACUGGAUCCAAAUCUCCGGCGCCAGCGCUCUCGCCGCAGCAGAACUCGCCGACAAGUCUCGCAGCCCAGGCUCAGCGAGUGACCUCGUUUUUAACGACCUUACUGGCAUCGCCGACCUCCGCUCCUUCAUCCAAAAGUACCCAAGCCGCACCGUCGAUAACUACCUCCUCAAGGUCGCCGCCGGCGAGCCAAAAGUCAACACGGCGCUGGUGUUCCCGCCUAUCAUCUAUGGCCGGGGUCUCGGCCCCGUCAACCAGCGGAGCGUACAGACCCCAUCGCUGGCGAAAGCCACGCUGGACCGGGGCCACGGGGUGCAGGUUGGCAAGGGCCUGAGCCGCUGGGGAAAUGUGCACGUUGAGGACAUUGCGCAGCUAAUUGCCCAGCUUGUUGAGCGGGCAGCGGGGGGAAAGGGCGAGAAUGAGGUUUGGAACGAGAACGGAUUGUAUCUCACUGGUGUUGGUGAAAUUCCGUUUGGCGAUAUCUCAAAAUUGGUUGCGUCCGCCGCUGCGAAGAAGGGUCUCAUUUCCAAGGAUGAAGUGGAGGAAGUUGGCCCCGAAGAAGCAAACAGGGUGCUGCCUCACGGAACGGUGCUCUUUGGAACCAAUGCUCGUAGCGAGGCACUUAGGGGCAAGAAGGUACUGGGGUGGGCACCAGCGGGUGAGAGUUUGGAGGAAGAGAUCCCCAAGGCUGUGUCUUGGGAAGCCCCCGAGGUUCAGCACAGUGAGCUUAAGCUAUGA